UAGCAUUGAUGAAAUGAAAGGUUGAUGGUAUAUAAUACAGGGAGAUGAAAGCAUUGGAUCAACGGCCGGCCCACUGUGCAGCAAAGAAGACUUACAGAAAGCCGGCGAGAAAACAGAUAACCAACAGAAAACUGUUUCAGAACAAACCAGACCACCAAAGAGAUAAUCCUCCCUACAGACAGUCAAGUAUCCAGUAUGAGGGCUCUGGUAGUUUUGCCUCUGCUGUUGUGUGCAGUGGUGCAUGUGGACCAGGUGAGAGCGGAGGUGAAGGCAGUGAAGCUGUGCGGUCGAGAGUUCCUGAGGGCCGUCGUUUACACCUGCGGAGGCUCCCGCUGGAGGAGAUUCCUCAGUGAGUCAGACAUGGAUGGUUCACCCACAGGGGAGCAGAACAGUUUGGAAAGCCUGAGCAGCAGCAACUCUGACUCCCAGUUGACCAAACGGGAUAUUAAUAACAUACUGACCACCGUGUGCUGCCAGGUGGGAUGCAGGAAGAGCGACCUCACCUUCCUCUGCUGAGGCCAACUUUCUCUCUUAUUCUCCAAGUUGCCAAAUUAAUCUGUUCUCUGAAAUGUUGCCUUAGUAGAUUCUGUCUAAAAACAACACGAUCACUAUAUAGUAUGCACAGUAAUGCUCAUAUCCUCAAUUGCUGUUUUUCUAAUUGUUUUUGAUAUUUUUGUGAGUUAUUACUUUAACUUGUUUGUUUGUAGAUGUAAAUGUGGACCACUUGAGCAUUUGUGAACAUGUUUCUGAACCUGAACUGGAAGAUAUAGUAUAUAUAUUAAUUCUAAUAUAAAUUAACCUAUGAGAAUUAGAAAACAAAACUAAGUGAUCAGGGAUGAUGUUCAAGGAUGCAGGACUAUAUCACGCCCCACUCAGACUCUGUGUGAAGAGAGGGCAGAUGUCUUAGCCCAGGCCUUGUGUCCUUUAUGUAAACAAGUAUUCACAUGGUUGCAGGUUUGUAAAAUUUCCAUCUCUACUUUGAUGUAUUUAGAGGAAACAUGAGCUGUAUUCUGUCAUUUCACUAUUUUAGUCAAAUAAAUGUUCUUGCACAGGGCUUA